AAACAAAAUAAACUUUAGAAGAGCAAAUUAGAGAGAGAGAGAAAUGGAAGUAGUUCAAGUGCUUCACAUGAAUGGAGGAACAGGAGACAUGAGUUAUGCAAACAACUCCUUGGUUCAGCAAAAGGUGAUUUCCAUGACAAAGCCUAUCACAGAGGAGGCCAUAACAAAUCUCUACUGCACAAGUUUCCCAACGACCCUAUCAAUCGCAGAUUUGGGAUGUUCUUCAGGACCAAACACUUUCUAUGUGGUCUCUGAACUCAUCAAAGAAGUCCACAACAUCUCCAAAAAGUUAGGGCGCAAAUCACCAGAAUAUCAAGUGUUCUUGAACGACCUUCCUGGCAAUGACUUCAACACCAUUUUUAGGUCCCUAUCCAGCUUCCAUGAAAAGUUAGAAAAACAUGUUGGACCAUGUUUCUUCACAGGUGUGCCAGGCUCCUUCUAUGGCAGGAUUUUCCCUACCAAAAGUUUGCAUUUUGUCCAUGCUUCCUACAGCCUCCAAUGGCUAUCUCAGGUCCCCGAAGGGUUGGAGGGUAACAAAGGGAACAUAUACAUGGCUACUAACAGCCCACAAAACGUCCUAAGAGCUUACUAUGACCAGUUCCAGAAAGAUUUUUCAAUGUUUCUCGAGUGUCGCUCUGUGGAACUAGUGGCAGGAGGACGAAUGGUUUUAACCCUUUUAGGCAGAAGAAGUGAAGACCCUUCUAGCAAAGAGUGCUGCUACAUCUGGGAACUCCUCGCUAUGGCUCUUAAUGAUAUGGUCACUGAGGGAAUUAUAGAGGAAGAGAAAUUCAACUCCUUCAACAUUCCUCAGUACACACCUUCGGCGGGAGAAGUAAAAUAUGAGGUUGAGAAACAAGGGUGUUUCACGAUCGAUCGACUAGAGGUUUCUGAAGUGAAUUGGGAUGCUUAUGCCGAUGAAUAUAAUCUUGACGAAGGAUUUAAGGAUGGAGGAUACAACGUGGCGAAAUGCAUGAGAGCGGUGGCUGAACCAUUGCUUGUUAGUCAAUUUGGGGAAGAGAUCAUUGACGAGGUGUUUAGCCGGUACAAGGAGAUUAUUACCGAUCGCAUGUCUAAGGAGAAGACUGAGUUUGUCAAUGUUAUUGUCUCCGUCACUAGGAAUGCUUGAUCCAUUUUCGGUACUCGCAUUGUUGUCUUGUCUUGGAAUUGCUAUGUCUAAAUAAAAAGGAGUUGAACGUACCAAUCCCUUGAAUAACAAAUGAUAUGUUGAUCGUGCCCUUAUGGUCAUGCAUUAGGUUUUAGUCAAUUUAUCAUGUUAUCACGUGAGAAAUUUUUAUGCGUGUAAGUCUGACGAUCCAAAUUUAAAUUCAUAUUGAAUGUUUAGAUCUAAAA